GUCCAUCGUACUGCCUUCGACCGAUUCACAACCGACCCUUUCCCACUGUUAUGCGUGAUGCAGGGCGGACUCUUUUUGGAGGCGUUUCGUCGCUGACUCUGACAGGCAAAUCGUCUAAGAAAACAGCAUGUUUCUCGAGAUCGCUUUGUUUGCCAGUGUUGCGUGUUUGGUGCACUGGAUUCAAUGGAGAGGUUUUUUCUCCGGCCAGAAACAUCCUCCGAGUUUCUAUGGUUUCCCCUUGGUGGGGAUACUGCCCUUCUUUUUAUUUCACAAGAAUCAAGUGAAACUCGCGAGGACGACAGCCAUGAAAUACGGACCGGUCUUCAGAUUCCGGCUAGGAAACACCGAAACUAUCAUGGUGAACGGCUCAGAAACCGUGAAGGAGGCUUUGAGGAACGAUGAUCUCUUGGGGCGACCGCCCAUCGGACCUUUCAAGCUUCUGGCAAACCUCUUCAAGGCGCAACCUUUCAGCAUGCUGGAGUGUGAGAGAUGGAGAUCUCUUAGGAAUUGGUCGGUACAAGCUCUCCGAGAGCUAGGUUUCGGAAAAACUCCUCAGAUGGAGGGGAAAAUUCAGGACGAAGUCUCCGUAUUCCUGGACGAGCUCUCUUCGACUAAAGGUGCCCCUUAUGAUCCGAACUCCACCCUCCUAGCCUCGGUUUCGAACAACAUCUCCACGCUGAUUUUCGGAGAUCGUUUGCCUUAUGAUCAUCCCAGAAGACGAUCCCUCAACGACUUCCUGAAGAAGGUCGCGAGCAGUGCUUCGUACCUCACUCUAUUCUCUUUCGCGCCUUCCCUCCUCAAGAUCUUCACGAUCUUUAAGAUAAAGUCAGUCGAAAACUUUGUAAACGCUGCGAAAGCGACCAGCGAGAUCUUCGACGAGGAGUUCAGGGCCCACGAAAAAACCUACAUCGAAACCGACAAACGUGAUUUGAUGGACCAUUCGAUCGCCCAUUUGAGAGCGAACUCGGAGCUUCUCUCGGAGCAGACUACGAGAGGCUCCUGUCUCGCUUUCUUCGGAGCCGGGAGCAACACAGCCCGCAUAACGGUCGAAUACUUGCUGCAACUAUUAGCCUACUAUCCGCAGCUCCAGGAGCAAAUGCAUCAGGAAGUGAUCCGAGAAAUUGGCUAUUCACGUCUUCCCUCCUGGUCGGACCAUGGCAAGCUCCACCUGCUCAACGCUUUCAUCGCUGAAAGGAUGAGAAUUUUCCCGAUUGUUCCUUUCGGAUUAUUUAGGAGGGCCCUUCGCGACACCAAAAUUCGAGGUUACGACGUGGCUAAGGGUUCGAUGGUCAUCUACAACGUGGCGAGCGCUCAUUUCGAUCCUACCGUCUUCGAGAACCCCGAAGAAUUCAAUCCAGGAAGAUUCUUGGACGCGGACGGGAAUUUCGUGCAGAGUCCUGAUGUCCUCUCUUUCGCCAUCGGAAAACGCGCGUGUCCAGGGGAAACCUUCGCUGUGUUCGAAAUCUUCCUGUAUGCCGCUGCUAUCAUCCAGCGGUUCCGAAUCGAGCCCGCACAAGGCCAAGACGUUCGCCUGACUGAAGCCACCGAGUUCUUCUCCGAGGCUAUACCUCAGCAGCUCCGCUUCAUCAGCAGAGUCUGAUGGGUUACCGAAGAUCAUAGUCGAGAAGGAAAGAAUGAUCGAGGAAGACAAGUCUUUAGGGAGUCAAGUACUUGAACUGUAUGGUUUCCCUUUCGUUUGACUCGCAUUAUAAUUAUUAUACAAAUCCUAUGGACACCCGAUCACAAGCUCCAGAUGGACUGAUAAGCCGUAUCAGCUGUCUGGAAUUACAUUAAUGAGCACUGCGCGUCGUGGCAGGCGAAAAUUGCUCUUAUAAAGUACCAUACUGUCGUUUU